CUCGCCGUCAGCUCCGGGUGCCCGGGCUGCCGUUAAUGUCAGCAAACGGCUAAUAAGGAAUAAACGGAGCAGAACGACCAGAGAACCGAGAACCAUUCGGUAGUCGGGGUUAGAAAACCGAAGAACAGAACCAGCUCACAUAGAAACAAUAGCAGUUGUCAUAGUGCUUUUCCUCUGUACAGUCAAGUGGAGACGUCGGGACGCUGGUGUAUCAGUGAGUCCAGACAUGGGCCGGUACGUCUACAGCGAGGCCCACAUCAAGAGUCCAUGGCAUCAAGUUCUGGCUGCUUUCUGGCAACGCUACCCAAACCCAUACAGCACUCAUGUCCUCACAGAGGACGUCCUGUACCGGGAGGUCACCUCCGCCAACCUCUUGUUGUCACGGAGACUGCUGACCAAAACCAACCGGUUGCCAGGAUGGGCGGAGCACAUCUUUCCCACCCACAUGGCGCGGGCCGUCUACGUCCUGGAGGACUCCAUCGUGGACCCGGAAGCCAACACCCUCAUCACCAAGACCUGGAACCUGAACCACAACACCCUGAUGACGGUGGUGGAGCGCUGCAUGAUUGAACAGGACGGCAGUCAACCCACAUGGACCAAACUAAAGCGAGAAGCUUGGAUCUCCUCUUCUGUUUAUGGGCUGGCCCGGCCCAUUCAGGAAUUUGGCGUAGCGCGGUACAAAAGCAACCAAACUCAAGCCAUGAAGGGGUUGGACUACGCUCUGACCAAGAUACAGAGUGAAGAGCUUUCCUGUCUCAAUGGCGACCAGGAAGACUCAGAGAAACCCAAGCCCCGCCCACCAAAUGCCCCGCCCUCUCCAUCCAAGAAACCCAAUCAGUUUGCCUGAAACGGUAACAGGAGUCAACAAAAUCUGCUGCUCUGAACCUCAUUGGUUGUAGAAGUUACAGAUUAAAAUUGGUUACUUAAAUUUGCCUUUUUUAAAUAAGAAUUAGUAGAGAUUUUAUUUGUAAUUUUAUUGAUUUAUUGAGUGUUGCUGUCAUUUUUACACAAAGAAACAAUUUAUUUUAAAUGUAUUAUAACAGUUCUUGUUCAAUAAAUUUCUCUUUUUUAUCUAUCA